CAUCAAACUUUCCUUUUCUUCAUUCCCUUCAUUCUCAUUCCCAUCAACAGAAAACAGCUUCAGCUUCAAACAGCUUCAAACACCAAUUCCCACACUCACCUCUACACCACCAAAACAGCCUUCCAACAUGACCAACUGGACCACCUUCAAGAUCCCUGCCACCCCUACCCCCAACCUCAUCAUUGUCAACAACAUCAGUGCUUCUGCCUCUGAAAAGACUGUCAAGGACUUCUUCCUGUUCUGCGGCAAAAUCGUCGAGUUCGAGCUCCAAAAGGAGGGAGAUCGCCAGGCUGCCCUUGUCCUUUUCGAGCGUGAAUCCGCUGCCAAGACUGCCUGCAUGUUGACCAACGCCAUGAUUGUCGACAGCCAGAUCUCGGUCAAGCCAUACUUUGAGGAUGCUGCUGAUGGCAACGACACUGCCCAGGAGAACAAGCCCAAGGCCACUAUCUUGGCCGAGAUCCUCGCUGCAGGAUACCAGCUCCAGGACCAGAUUAUUGAGAAGGGUCUCGAGAUUGAUGCCAAGUACGGUUUGGUCGGCAGGAUCCAGUCCUACGUCGAGGCUGCCAAGGCUCAGGCUCUUGCUUUGGAUGAGAAGUACAGGGUCACUGAGAAGGCCACGGAGAUCGACCACAAGUACCAUGUCCAGGACCGUGUCAACGCCGCUGUUGGACAGGGUAUCGAUUACAGCAACCAGGCCCUUCAGACCGCUCCCGGCCAGAAGGUCACCGGCAUUGCCUCCCAGGUCAAGGAGCAGAUCGCUGCUGUCCACCACGAGGCUCGCCGCAUUGCUGACGAGAAGAAGACGAAGACUGGUCCUGCCGGCGCAUCGACUGCCGAGGUUCCUGCCGAGAAGACUGCUUAAAUGAAGGGUGCCGUGCGCUCUUCCUAUCCGUCCUCGCUUAUCUUGACCACUAGCACACACUCAAGCAACCCUCCAUCACUCCCUCUCUUUGUAUUCACUCUUUUUUUCUAAUAUCCUUCCACAGCUUGUAAGAUAAAUCUGACAUUUCAACAAAUAAAAUCCCCCAAAAAAUCUAA